AUGCUCGCCCGAAAUCUCCCACCCGAAAUCCUCCACCAAAUCCUGAGCUAUGUGGACCCGAAGACGUACUUCAAGAUGGCGUACACGUGCAAAUACAACUGGAAAGCGGCCACAAUUCGAAGCAAAAGCUGGGACUAUCGCGUGAUCUUCCGCCAGGAUUCGGUAACGAUGGUGCACGCAGACGCUGAUCGAGAUCUGCCGAUGAUUCAUAUCGAAGGAACGGACUGUUUGAAAGUACUCUUCACCAACGCCACCGUCCACACGGUCGUCUGCCAUUGGCCGCGCCUCUUUCCGGGAACGAAGGCGAAGAACGUCGAGCUAACCCAAGGAUUUGCGCAACCGCAUUUGCUGCUGAUGCUAGUAGCAGCACUGAAACCACCCGGAAAGUUCGAUUCCAUUCGUGUGUCACAAUAUGACGACCCGUCCCCGGAUUUCAUCGAAUACGUCAACGAGAAUUCGAAGGGAUUUGUGGCAGAUAUGGUGGUGAAUUGCUGGAAGUACCAUGAGAUCAACACGGAAAGUAUCGAGUUUCGCGCCGACCCGACGGCCUGGCCCACCUGGGAAUCGCCCAGUCGAUUCAUUGAAGCUUGGCGCUAUGGGGAUCGAGAUUUCCGGCGUUGUCGAUUCGUCGGAUGGUCACCGGCGGUUGUUUGGCAUGUUCUUAGCAAACUCGAGGACUUGGAUGCUAGGCAGCAAGCUAGACAAGGAAAUGGUCGCCGCGACGGCGAGCCCUGCUCCGCGCCGAUGAUCCGUGCCGGCCGCGUCAACGCGGAUUCCGUGAUCGAAUUCGAUACAACGAAAACGAUUUUGAAGAUUGUAAUGGAGGACCUCGGCGUUGCCCAAGCUUCUUAU